AUAAAAAAAAAAGAAAAAGCAAUCUGGACAAAUGGGUGUUGACAGGACGUCAAACGCUUUCUUGUACUUUUUUGAAAUGAAAAAAAUCUUCCAAGCAGAUGUGGUCUUCCUUAAAUAGCGUCAGGGGUACGGGUCUGUUGACUUUAUUUCAAUCUACGUAUAAGGGCUUCAAAGGUGGAUUCUUGAAAAUAAAGGCCCCUCCUCAUAGGGCUGAUCUUGUGGAGGGAUUUCCGUUGUAUUGGACGCAUAAUUCGAGCAACCCAAGUGCUCGACAAUUAUCUGACCUCACUUAGGCUAAGAAGGAGUAUUGCCUUAUGCUGGAACAUUUAAGGGCGAUUUUUGACAAAAAACAACUUUUGAAUCUCGAGUUUCAACCAACAAACUUGAAACAUCAUAUUGGAUGGGGAUGACAAAACAAGACUUAGCCAAACGCUUCAAAGCCUUGAAGAGCUCUUCUCAGGCAUCUCUCACUCAACUGAUCCUCGUUUCCUAAGAGGCCAUGACAUUGGUGUCGGAUGAGGAAGCUACACAAUCAGCGUCGAGCUUCAAGAGACGAUGACCUCUUGAUCGGACUCAGGUAGUACUGGACGACGCGACUGCAACCUCUACUCGGUCAAAACACACCCUAUCUUCCAAGGGACCAAUUCCUCAUAAAAGAUCCAACAACGUCUACUAUAGUUUUUGGGAUUCUAAUUUUACCUAUACAACGCAUAGUCAGGCUCAUAAUGUGUUCGAGGGGGACCUAAUGAACCAAGAGACUGAAGUUAUUCAAGAAGAUGUUUAUGGAUUCCUCCAUAAGGCUGAAGUCUCUGUGGCAGCACUUUGCGAAAAGCUUGGUUGGUUGAUUGUUAUGGACAAGGAUCAGGCUACAAAGUUGGAUUCAACUCAAACACAGUCGGUGACGGCGAAAGAAGAAGUAGUUCGACUUAAAGAUCAAGUCAAGGGUCUUCAUGGUCUGAAGAAGAAGAUGGAGGAGAGGGGAAAGAGAGUUACCGAGCUGGAGAAGAAGGUGACUGAGCUAGAGGCCGCAUUGCAAAAAGCCGAGGAGGAGUUCACAGAGAAGAUGGCGAACGAAGCUGCAUCUACUUAUGGUGUGGGUUUUGAAGCAGCUUUGGAGCAAGUGCGUUUAUUGUGCCCUUCAGCAAAUAUCUCGGUUGUUGAUGCCAACAAGGCGGUCCUUGAUGGCCGCUUGGUGGAUAGCUCUAUGCUUAGUUGUUUCCGAACUUUGAUCAUGCUUUGACUAUUAUCUAAUAUUUGUACUUUGUUUAAAAACUUUGUCAGUAAUUUAUGUAUGCAAAUUUACAAUUGUACCUUUGUUUUA